GUCAGUAACUGCACGUUGCGCGACAACGAUCGUCCGACCAUCCUAAGUAGUGACUAAGUGUAGUGAUUGCGAACAUCGAUUAGCAUAAGCUACUAAGUGUAGUUAGUGGAAGAUUUGCGCCCGCGAUAAUGUGCUAAUUGAGAGUGUGGCUCGUUUCGGGGACCAUUAAUCGUGAUAAUUGUGUGGAGAAGACGCGACUCAAGUUUAGUGUCCAAGUGUUCAAGAGUCGAAGAUCAGAACACAUACUCCAGGUGUGUCCAAGAUGGCUCAGUCACGGAUCCUCAGGUUCUUUGUGCUAGCGGCGUUCGUGGUGACCCGAGUUCCUGGUCAGCAGCUCACCGGCGUGAAAUCGGUGUUGACUUCGGAGGGAACCGACGGGACCAACUCUCCCGCGGCAGAACACGCAGCCGGUGAUCGCGCAACGGGGAUCUCGGCACGAUCGAUCGACAAGUUCACCAACGACUUCCCCGAGUCGGACAGCAAAAUCAUCAACCUGUCGAUCAAACCGCUUAACCCGCAGGUCAUAUCCGGGUUGCGAGGCGCCAGGAAUUUGGGCUUUUCGGCGGACGCCUCGUUGAACGCGAUCCCUGGGACGCUGAACAACGAGCUGUCGAAUGUGGACCUGAAGUCACCGGCCGCGCAGUCUCCAUCGGGAGCAAAGGAUAGCUAUGGCAAUCCGGUUACGCCGUACACGGAUCUUGGAUCUACCGGGUUGGAUUCGGUGGGCUUUUUGACCGACGUUAACAGGGAAGUCCAGCAGCCAACCAAGACGAACCAAAUUGGCAACUGGAACUUCAAGGUACCCAGCUACGCUUCGGGAAUCCUUGAGCCAGUGUUGUUCCCACCAAAUCCAUCAACGAACUUUGGACAACCACAACCGAACGCGUACCCAACAACGACAACUCCUCCAACUACGACCAAGUUCCAGUUUGUGGCAGGUGCUAUCAUCCCAACUUCUGACGAUGCUCAGACUACCUUUGUACAGACCCCGUUGAACGGCCUGCUUCCACCUUUGUUCCCAGAAGAGCAGAACGUCAUCUUCAAGGUCGAAGUUGGUACGGAACGAUCCCCAAUCUUUGUGAAGGACCCUUUCGGACCUCAACUCAGCACCGGUCAGGCAUUGCCAUUCGACAAACCUGCCACAGAUUUCAACCAGGGUGCUCAAUCUCAAGGUCCGCUACAAAUUCCACUGCAGACUCCGCAGAUUGGCCAGCGACCUGUUCAACCACAAAUUCCCCAGCAAGUCCCACUGCGACCUCAACCCCAACAACCUCAAGCUCCUCAACGACCUCCCGUACCCCAACAAGUGCCCACCUACUCCCAACAAACUCCUCAGAGACCACAGAUAACCCAGCAGAUUCCUCAACAACCACGACCUACGCAAGCUCCGGUCAACAAAUUCACCGGAUCAUUCGGUGGCGCCUCUGGAUUCCUCGGUAACCAACAGAAUCUAGGCACAGCUUACACCUCAACACCUCAACCGAACAAACCGGCACCUCCAGCGCCGGUUCCGCAACCACCCCCACCGGCUCCAGCUCCUCCACCAACCUACUUCCAGCCAACCAACCGUCCAACUCCUGCCCCAACCAAACCCGUCAACAAAUUCACCGGCUCCUUCGGAGGCGCUCCCGGAUUCCUCGGAAACCAGCAGAACCUCGGAACCGCCUACAAACCAACCACCCCCGUCCCAGCGACUCCUCAACGACCAGUCUCCUUCCAACCCCCACCACCACCACCACCCCCACAAACCCAAGUCCCGAACAUCGUAAAUCCACCCACCCCCUUCCAACCGGUCCCCCAACGACCCACAGCCGCCCCCGGUGGAACCUACACCGGAAGUUUCGGAUUCCAGCAGCAACCCCAGCAACCGGUGCGACCAACGCCCAAACCGGGCCAGUACGUGGGCAACAAGUUUAGCGGAAGUUUCGGCGGUGCCCCCGGGCUGCUCGGCAACCAGAAGCAACCCGGAACGCACGUCAAGCCGGACGGAACGAUUUUGCCGCCGUCGGCGCCCGGAGUCGCGUUUGCGGGGGGAGUUCAGCAGCAGCAGCAACAACAGGGUGGAGCGGUUGUGAGGCCGCCGGUGCAGCAGCAGGGUGGAAAUACCUUUACCGGAAGUUUUGGGGGACCGCCCGGAAUUUUGCGCCCGUUUGAUACGGUGCAGGGAUGAGCGGAAGAGAGCAAGUGCAAAAUAUGUUACCGUGAAAGUAUUCUUUUUUUUGAGAGGAGAAUCGUAGGUUUUAAGAUGAUAAAAUAAAGCGAAUUUUAAGUAGGAUUAAGGUCAAUUUUGAGUGUCAACCGAUCUGCAUUUUUUGUAUGUUUUACUGACUUAUAAAACAAAUAAAUUAUUGAAUUACAACA